AUGCUGCGGGCCACCGUCAAGCUGUGCUGCGGCAUCGCCCACGACCACCUCCGCCGCCUGCCCGGCUUGAAGACAACAGUCGUUGCGGCAAUACAGAAGGACGUGAGAGGGCUGGUGGUAAGAAGAUCCCGUCGCCUGCCUUCCAAAAUUCCGCAUUAUAUUCAGAGGCUGGUGGGGAAGGAGACAGCCGCCUGCCCCGAGCCUGCCGGAGACAUCGGCCCCAGCCGGUUCUCCGGCGUGGACCUCUCCUACAUCACCCAGGGAGAAACGGCCCUGCAGCAAGCGCUGAGCAUCCUGCAGCAGCACACCGGCUGGCAGGCAGAAACGAUGCUGGACACCGGGGCUACCUUGUCCAGUGCCGCCCUUCCCGGGCUGGGCAAGGUGUUUCGGGCAGAGGCGGUCCUGGCCGUGCCGGUGGCACGGCUGCACCGGGAGCUGUUCGAGAGGAUCGAGCAAAUGCCCCAGUGGAACCCGUCCCUCAGCCGGGUGAAGGUGCUGCAGCGCAUCGGGACGGACACGCUGGUGACACACGAAGUCACCGCUCCCAGCCCAGGCAACGUGGUGGGCCAGCGGGAUUUUGUCAGUGUGCGGCACCGCGGGAGGAGGGAAACAGCCGUCUAUCUGGUGGGCAUCGCCACCCAUGUUGAGCUGCUGCCCUUGCAGGAAGGGUGCAUCAGUCCCAAGCAGACUUCAUCAAGCACCUCCGCCGGCACCUCUCUGCCGCUGCGUGCCCUUGAGCUGUGGGAGGACGGGCUCUGCCCGAGCGCGAGGGGCAUGGCCCGAGCCGAAGACCUGCCCCUGCUCACUGCCGCCAGCGAUGGGGCGAGGCGGUGCCCCCACCGAGCGUAG